GGGAAGGGCACCAGACCAUCGAAGGAAUCCUGUCAGCCUUUUGAGAUUAGAACCUUGCAUCUAGUGUUUUUAUAAAGUGAAUCAAAAUGGCAGAUACUGGCAAAGAUUACAUCACUAAUAGUGCUGAUCCAAAGAAUAUUCAGGAUUUAACGCAAUUUGUCCAAAACCUCCUACAACAGAUGCAGGAUAAAUUCCAGGGAAUGUCUGACCAGAUUAUCAAUAGGAUUGAUGAAAUGGGGAACCGCAUUGAUGAUUUGGAGAAGAACAUUGCUGACCUAAUGACGCAGGCAGGAGUGGAAGAUCGCGCCUAGUAUCCCAGCAUUCCAUCAGUAUUUUCUGUGUGGUUUUAGAUGUGUGCCUUAGUGAUCAGUGUUUCUGCACCUACCAUUAGUUCAUCUUCCUGAACGAAUGGAACAAAAAAUUAUGAAUGCAAUAAUGUUUUGAAAAAUAAGUACAUUUGACAUUAUAAGAUUUUGGUAUACAUGUACUGUGUCAGCAUAAUUUCCACAACCUGCAGGCUUUUAAUUGCAUUAAUAGUUCAGUGAGAGCUAUACAAUCGAUCAUUGAUGGAAAAUUUCUCUUGACUUGUUCUGACCAUUGUGAUAAGUGUAAUAUUAUUUAUUCCAUUUUGUGUUUUAUUCAUGUAUCACAAAUAUAUUAUAGUUUUA